AUGGCUUCCCUGUCCACUCUUUCCCACCUCCUCCAGGAAUGCAUCUCAUCUCUUCUCACCUGGAAAGCACUAGCCCUGUUCCUCGCACUGAUCAAUUUAAAGAAUCUUCCUCUGGUCUGGCAUGCCCGCCUCGCCCACCACCUCUACCGCAACAUCCGGCGCACCCCGCAAGACCCGCACCACCCAGCCUCCACGCACCCGCCGCCGCACGCGACGCACCCGAUCUUCCUCCCGCUGACCAUCAGCUCGCGCACCCCGAUCCUGGAAACCGACUACAACUUCCACAAGUCCAACAGCACCUACUUCUCCGACCUGGACAUCGCGCGCACCGCCCUGGCCACCCGCAUCUUCACCCCGGGGUCGCGCAUCGUGAACCGCGCCCUCGACGCCGAAGCCGCGGCGGCGUCUUCAGCAUCAGCCUCAGCAUCAUUCGGUGGGAAGGAGAAGAAGCAGCCCCCCAAAGGCGGAAGCAAACUCGGGCUGUACAUCGCCCUGGGCAGCGUGUUCUGCAGCUUCAAGCGCGAGAUCAAGCCCUUCGAGCGCUAUGAGAUUACCUCGAGGGUGAUCGGUUGGGAUGAGAAGUGGGUGUAUAUGAUUAGUUAUUUUGUGAGGCCCCAGGCCGGAAAGAAGGGGAGGUUGUUGGCUACCGCGCUGAGUAAGUAUGUGGUUAAGAAGGGACGGGUGACGGUGCCCCCUGAGAGGGUGCUGAGGGCGAGUGGGUUCUUGCCGGAGAGGCCGGUGGGGUCGGUGGGUUCUGGGAGCUUGACGCCGGGGGAGAGUGGGAGUGGGAGUGGGAGUGAGGAGGGGCAGUUGGAUGAGGGGAUUACGGCCACGGCCACGGGGGUGGAUGCGGCGGUCGUGAGGGAGGUGUUGCUGGAUGCUGGGGAUGGUGAUGAAGCGGCGAAGGAGGAGCAGAGGGUGAGGAAUGUUCAUUCGUGGAAUGAGGAGGAUUGGCCGUGGGAGAGGAUCGAGGAGGAGAGGUUGCGUGGGUUGAAGGUUGUGGAGGGGUAUGCUGGGUUGGAUGCGAAGUUGUUUGAGGAGUGGGGUGGGGAGUGA